UUUGGGGUGGUUCACUAGAGUUUUAAGGAAUGAUGGCUUGUUGAAAAGUUUUGGUAGAAAGGAAUUGACGUCAUGGGAUAAUGAAAUUGUUUUGGUGACUGGUGGCUCUCGAGGAAUUGGUGGACUGUUAGCUGAAACAUUGGCAUUACGACAU